AUGACCGCGCGCACCGCCGCCCUCGCCCUCGCCGUGCGCGUCCUCGUCGCCGUCCUCACCCGCUCCUUCUUCCAGCCCGACGAGUACUUCCAGUCCCUCGAGGUCGCCCACCACCUCGUCUUCGGCUACGGCGCGCUCACCUGGGAGUGGGUCUCCGCGCGCCCCAUCCGCAGCAUCGUCUACCCCGCACUCAACGUCCCCGUCUACUGGGCCCUCAAGGCCCUCCGCCUCGACGAGACGGAACUCCUGAUCGUCGCGCCAAAGGUCCUCCACGGCUGCCUCGCGGCCGGCACCGACAUCUACGUGCGCAGGCUCGCGCGCAACGUCCUCGGCGAGCGCUACGUCUCCACCGCGUUCUUCCUAUCGCUGACCUCGCUCUUCCACAUCCUCGCGCUCUCCCGCUCGCUGUCCAACUCGCUCGAGACAACGCUCACGACCGCCGCGCUGAGCUACUACCCGUGGGACAUGUCCCCCGCGCCGACGAGAUCGCAGCUCCGCAAGCUCCUCGUCUUCGCCGCGCUCGCGUGCGCCGUGCGGGUCACCAGCGCCAUCACCUGGGCCCUCCUCUUCCCGCCCCUCCUCUGGCGCCUGCGCACCCGCGCACCCGCUCUCCGCGCCUUUGCCCUCGACACGAUCCUCACCGCCUCGACCGCCCUCCUCCUCAUCUUCGCCCUCGACAGCCUCUACUACCACACCCCAUCCCUAACCCCCCUCUCCUUCCUCCUCGCAAACGCCUCCCCCCUCUCCAGCUUCUACGGCGCCGCACCCCCGCACUACUACCUCUCCCAGGCCCUCCCCAUCCUCGCAGGCCCCGCACUCCCCUUCGUCCUCCACGGCGCCUGGCGCGCAGCCCGCGGCGCAGCAGGCCCGCGCCCCCGCGCGGUCCUAUGCACAGUCGCCGCGCUCGCGAGCGCGUACUCCCUCGCGCCGCACAAGGAAUGGCGCUUCCUCCACCCGGCGCUCCCCCUCUUGCACGUCCUCGCCGCCCCCCCGCUCGCCGACCUGCCGCGCACGCGCAGCCGCAGACGCGCGGCGCACGCCGCGCUGCUCGCGCUCGCGCUCGUGGGCGGCGCGUACGUCGCGCGCGGGCACGCGCACGCGCAGGCCGGCGCGCUGCGGUACCUCCGGGGCGUGCCCGCGGCGGAGCUCGCGAGCGCGGGGUUCCUGAUGCCGUGCCACUCGACGCCGGGGCACGCGUACCUGCACCGGGCGGCGCUCGCGGAGCGGGUGUGGGCGCUCGGGUGCGAGCCGCCGGUCGCGCUCGGCGCGGAGGACGCGAGCGCGUAUCGCGACCAGACGGACGUGUUCUAUGCCGCGCCGCUCGCGUACCUCCUCACGCGCUUCCCGGCCGCCGUCGACCCGCGCUUCCCGCCGUCCCCGUACCCGAGCACGCCGCCCGGCACGCCCGCCGCGCUCGCGGACGCGGGGAGGUGGGCGCACGCGUGGCCGAGCCACCUGGUGUUCUUCGGGGCGCUGCUGGAGCACGCGGGCGUGGAGCGGCUGUUGCGCGCGCGCGGGUACGGCGAGGUGUGGCGUGCGGGGAACGGGCUCGAGGAGGAUCAGAGGCGGCGGGGUGGGGUGAGGGUCACGCCGGUGUUCAGCAAGGGGGAAAACGGAUGGAAUGAGAUGUGCGGUCGUGAACAGUGCUGUGAAGUAUUGUGGAUUGGUGGCAGGAAGCGUUGGUUGUAA